AAUAUUUGUUUUGUUUUAUUUUCAUGUGUAAAUGGUGCGUAGUAGUCGUAUAUAAUAGCUUAAAAGAUUUUUAAUAUGUCGGAGAUAAAGUCAAUGGAAUACUCAACAUUAAAAGUUCCUUACGAAAUUUUAAAUAAAAAGUUUCGUACUGCACAAAAAUCAGUAGAUAGGGAACUGGAUCAGUUACAAAGUGUAACAAAGGAUGUUGAGAAAGCUUUGCAAAAGGGAAAUUCGCCGCAAACAGUUGCAGAAGUUUCGAAAAUGGUUGGUUGUGUAUUUCAGCGUUUUCAAAUGUUAAAAAGAAAAUCUGAGGAAUGUUUUCAAGAUGAAUAUAACGCUAGUUUAGAAUGCAAACGUAAGCUUGAACACUUGAAGUGCGUAUCAUCACCUAAACAUGCAAGCAAGUUUGAAAUUUGGCAAGCUUCUGUGGACCAAUGGAAAAGGGUUCGAAUGGAUCGUUUGGUUAUUGAACAUUUAUUACGGAUGGGAUACUAUGAAACAGCUGACAAAUUAGCUAAACGCUCUGGUAUACAUGAUUUAACAAAUUUAGAUACAUUUCAUACAUCUCGUGAAGUGGAAAAUGAUUUAGCUAAACAUAAAACAUUUAAAUGUGUUUUGUGGUGUAUUGAUAAUAAGUCCAAACUUAGGAAAAUCAAUUCUAAUAUCGAAUUUAAUCUUCGUGUGCAAGAAUUUGUCGAACUAAUUCGAAAUAAUCGACGUUCAGAUGCAGUAAAACAUGCUAGAAAACAUUUUCCUACAUUUGAAAAGACGCAAUUGACUGAGAUUUGUAAAUGUAUGGCAUUACUUGCUUAUAAUCCAGAUACAAACAUUGAACCAUAUAAAAGUCUCUUUGAUCUAAAACGGUGGGAUCAACUUAUCUUAAAUUUUCGCAAUGAAAAUUAUAGACUAUUUCAACUUUCAACACAAUCAUUAUUAAGUGUUGGUAUUCAAGCUGGUUUAUCUGCUCUAAAAACUCCCCAAUGUUAUGCACUUACGAGUAAAAAUUUGAAUUGCCCUGUAUGCCAAGAAGACUUUAAUCAUAUUGCCAAGCACCUCUCAUUUUCUCAUUGCGUUCAAAGUCGGCUAAUUUGCAGAAUUACUGGACUUCCACUAAAUGAACAUAAUUUGCCGAUGAUGCUACCAAAUGGUCAAGUCUUUGGUCAACUGGCUAUUCCUGAGAUCUCUCGAGAAAAUGGUACUGUUGUUUGUCCAAUUACAAAUACAAAAUUCUCAAAUCCUAGAAUUGAAAAAGUUUUUGUUAUGUAAUCUUGAAAUUAUAUUCAGCUGUAUUUAAUGUUUUGGAUUAAUAUUAAUAAAAAAAUAUAUGCUAUAAGCUAAUUAAAACUUACUCAAUUAUGCUAUAAAGAAGUAUUUAAUUAUUAUUUAUUAAUGUCACACUUGAAUAACCUAAAUUAAUUAUUCAAUGAGCAUAUAAUUCAUACAUUUUUUUCCAGUUUUCUAAAUUGGAAAAUAAUAAUAGCAGUAUGAUUUGAGACUCUUUAUACAUUGUCUAUUUUAAUUAUUACAAUUUUAAAAACCAAAAUUUUUUUCUAACAAUUUGAUCCAUUAAUCAAAUUCUACAACAAAUAUUUUGAAUUAAAUCCUAAGAUAAUUUAAUAUAUUUUUGCAAAAAAGUUUAGGAAUGUAUAAUUUUUAUGUAUUAGUUUGAAUUAUAUAAAUGUACAACUUAUUAAAAUAAAAUAUAUACAUAU